AUGAAUGCCUUUGACAAGAAGGAUCGCUGAGCAAUCCACUGGGCUGCUUACAUGGGGCACAUUGAGGUGGUGAAACUGCUGGCCUCUCAUGGAUCAGAGGUGUCCUGUAAAAACAAGAAGGCCUACACCCCUCUCCACUCUGCAGCCUCCAGUGGAAUGAUCAGUGUGGUCAAGUACCUCCUGGACCUUGGUGUGGAUAUAAAUUAGCCCAAUGGGUACGGUAACACCCCCCUCCACGUGGCAUGCUACAAUGGGCAGGAUGUGGUGGUGAAUGAGCUGAUCGAGUGCGGCGCCAACGUGAACCAGGUGUACGAGAAGGGUUUCGCCCCACUCCACUUCACGGCCGCCUCGCGCCAUGGGGCGCUCUGCCUGGAGCUGCUGGUGGGCAACGGGGCCCUCGUCAACAUCAAGAGUAAAGAUGGAAAGACCCCCCUCCACAUGACGGCCAUCCACGGACGCUUCUCCAGAUCUCAAGCCAUCAUCCAGAAUGGUGCUGAGAUCGACUGUGAAGAAAAGAAUGGAAACACACCUCUGCACAUCUCUGCUCGCUACGGCCAUGAGUUACUCAUCAAUACACUCAUCACGAACGCAGCUGACACAGCCAAGCGAGGCGUCCAUGGGAUGUUCCCCCUCCACCUGUCUGCUCUCAGUGGGUUCUCUGACUGCUGUCGGAAGCUCCUCUCAUCAGGCUUUGAUAUAGACACCCCUGACGACUUUGGAAGGACCUGUUUACAUGCUGCAGCAGCUGUUGGGAACCUGGACUGUCUGAAUCUGCUGCUCAAAACAGGGGCAGACUUCAACAGAAAGGACAGCUUCGGAAGGAGUCCUCUGCAUUAUGCGGCAGCCAAUUGUAACUACCAGUGUCUGUUUGCCUUGGUGGGGUCUGGGGCCAGUGUGAACGAUCUGGAUAAAAGGGGUUGCACCCCGCUCCACUACGCUGCUGCCUCCGACACAGACGGAAAGUGUCUGGAAUAUUUGCUGCGAAACGACGCUAACCCAGGGAUCAGGGACAAUCAGGGCUACAACGCAGUCCAUUACGCGUCUGCGUACGGACACCGCCUCUGUCUGGAGCUGAUUGCAAGUGAAACACCUUUAGAUGUGCUAAUGGAAACCUCAGGGACAGACAUCCUGAACGACUCUGAUGUCAGAGCUCCCAUCAGCCCCCUACACUUAGCUGCGUACCACGGCCACCACCAUGCUAUGGAGGUCCUGGUUCAGUCUCUGCUGGAUCUAGACGUGAGGAGCAGCCAGGGGCGCACCCCUCUGGACCUGGCUGCCUUUAAAGGCCAUGUGGAGUGUGUUGACGUCCUCAUCAACCAGGGAGCCUCCAUCCUGGUUAAAGACUUCACCCUGAAGAGGACCCCCAUCCACGCUGCAGCUACCAACGGUCAUUCGGAGUGUUUGCGUUUGCUGAUUGGAAAUGCUGACCUCCAGAGUGCAGUGGACGUUCAAGACGGGAAUGGACAAACCCCUCUGAUGCUGUCGGUGCUGAGCGGACACACAGACUGUUUGUACUCACUGCUCAACAAGGGAGCCAGCGUAGAAGCCAAAGACAAGUGGGGCAGAACAGCGCUACACAGAGGGGCGGUGACGGGUCAUGAGGAGUGUGUGGAGGCCCUGCUGCAGCACAGCGCCAGCUUCCUGGUUCGGGACUGUAAGGGGUGGACCCCUGUCCACCUGGCGGCGGCAUCCGGACACAUCGGGGUGCUGGGGGGGCUCCUACACGCCGCCCAGUCAGUGGAGACCCUCCCCGUCAUCACAGACAACCAGGGCUACACGCCACUACACUGGGCCUGCUACAACGGCCAUGACACGUGUAUAGAGGUGCUGCUGGAACAGGAGGUUUUCCACAAGACCGAGGGCAACUCGUUCAGCCCCCUCCACUGUGCUGUGAUCAAUGACAACGAGGGGGCUGCAGAGAUGCUGAUUGACACUCUGGGGCCGGCCAUUGUCAACGCCACUGACACCAAGAACCGGACCCCCCUGCAUGCGGCGGCUUUCACGGACCACGUGGAGUGUCUUCAGCUGCUGCUAGGCCACAACGCCCAGGUCAACUCCCCCGAUGCCUCCGGGAAGACCUCCCUCAUGAUGGCUGCUGAGAACGGACAAACCAACGCUGUCGAGCUGUUGGUGAGCAGUGCCAAAGCAGAGCUCACCCUGCAGGAUGCAGUCAAGAACACUGCUCUUCAUCUGGCCUGCAGUAAGGGGCAUGAAACCAGUGCUUUGUUGAUAUUGGAGAAGAUUACAGACAGGAACCUCAUCAACUCGACUAACGCAGCCUUACAGACGUCGUUACACGUUGCAGCCAGAAAUGGUCUGACGGUGGUGGUUCAGGAGCUACUAGUGAAGGGUGCUAGCGUGCUCGCAGUCGAUGAGAAUGGUUACACGCCUGCCUUGGCCUGCGCCCCCAACAAAGACGUGGCGGACAGCCUGGCGCUGAUCCUGGCCACCAUGAUGCCCGUGUCCCCCUGCAACCCGGCGCCCAGCCUGUCCUUCAGUGCCAUUAACCACUACACCACCAGCCCCUCCAAGAGUGUGACCUUCGACAGCCUGCCCGUGCUGCGCAGCGAGCACAGCUCCUACUGCAGCUUCAACAACAUCGGCCACCGCGAACACGAUGGAGGCUUCUACAAGGAUGAGGAACUCAACGACUCAGACUCAGAGACAUACUGAGGGGGGUGGUGGUCGCUGCCCAGGAGGGGAGCCAAGGGCAGGCGGAUGGACAGUGAAUUGGGGCAGAGGCCACAAACAAAUCCACACAUACACACCGUGUCUUAAAUCACCACAGCCAGCUUUGGGAGGGCACGAGCCGAGACAGUCCGCACAGGAGCCUUAAGAGUCCCGCAGAUGGAGAGAGAGAAAUGGAGGGAGGGAGGGAGAGGGGGAGGCACAACAGGCUGGCUGGCCACACUCAUCCUCUCGUACCACCAGGUGUCCUUCCAGCAGAUACUGGACUUCAGAGGAACUGCUGCUGCUAUACCCCACCUUUACCUUUACCCACAAAGGUCCUAAACGGUAGAAACUGUCCAGCCAACAGACAGACGGACACCUUAUGACGGCAAUAACCUGUAGUCCAAGGGGAUAGUAGCACUUCACUGAGUGAAAAACAGACAUGGACCAAAAGAUGUGAUUGCUUGUUCAAACCCCCGUUUUUGUCUCUUUUUGAAAAUCAUUUUAACUGGAAAUAUGUACAAUACAUAUGCUAUGUUCGUCAAAUCAGGAUCAGGAGGUUCACAGGUUUUUUCGUGUCCUUUUUUUUCUUUAAAAGGAUGAAACUAGCAUGUACAUAUUGUAGCGACCCGCACAGACAGCUGUGUGUUAUGUGUUAGGCUAGUAGAUGGUUGUGUUGUACCUACCAGUAC